AUGGUCAAGGCGAAGAAGUUGUUACUCAAGUACGCCAAUGUUUUCCCGUCAAACGAAGCUGACAUAGGAAAGACUGGCUUAGUUCAACACAAAAUAAACACAGGACAAAAAUUGCCUAUUCGUCAGCGGCCAAGAAGAUUGCCUGUAGCACGUGAAAAGGGAGUGGAAACCAUGAUUGAGGGAAUGGUGAAGGAUGGUGUUAUUGAACCUUCAUCUAGUCCAUGGUGUUCACCUGUUGUGCUGGCAAAGAAGAAUGACGGCAGCAUGCGGUUUUGUGUUGACUACCGCCGCCUGAAUGACGUUACGAAGAAGGACAGCUAUCCCUUGCCUAGAAUUGAUGACUCGCUGGACAUGCUCACAGGCAUAAAGUGGUUUACAACGUUUGAAAGAUUGAUGGAGCUUGUACUUACCGGGCUAAUUGGAGAUGCCUGUCUGGUCUAUUUGGAUGACAUCAUCAUCGUAGGCUGUACGUUUGAGGAACACCUUCAAAACCUAGAACGCGUGCUCAUGAAGAUCCAGAGUGCCAACCUCAAGUUGAGUCCGAAGAAGUGCUCACUAUUCAAACGGCAAGUUAGCUUUUUGGGGUAUGUAGUGUCGGAAGAAGGUAUCCGCACGGAUCCAGAGAAAAUUGCCGCUGUCAAAGAUUGGCCGGUUCCAAAAGACAAGACACAGGUUAGAGCAUUUUUGGGAGCUCAAGAACCGUCUGUGCAAAACACCUAUUUUGGGGCCCGCAUCAGGGGCAAGGAAUUUAUAGUUGACACAGACGCAAGUGAUAUAGGAGUUGGCGGUGUGUUGUCUCAACGGAAUGGUGAUCAAGAGAUUGUGAUAGCAUACUUCAACAAGUCGUUGUCAAAGCCAGAAAGGAAAUAUUGUAUCAUAAGACGGGAAUUGCUUGCUGUGGUAAAGUUCAUGCAGAAUUUUAGCAAAUAUCUUCUGGGGCGGAAAUUUCGCUUACGAACUGACCAUGCUGCACUGAAAUGGCUAUUGCAGUUCAAAAAUCCGAAAGGACAAGUUGCGAGAUGGAUUGAACUACUGCAGGAAUACGACUUUUUCAUCGAACAUCGCAGCGGGAAAUCUCAUGGCAUUGCAGAUGCAUUAUCAAGAAGACUUUGCCCUGAAGAUUGCAAGCAUUGUGCUAGGCAAGAGGGUAAGGAAGUGGUAUCUGUGAGAAUACUCAGGAAAGACCAGCUCAGCAAUGAGUGGAAGGACAGCCUACAACAUGCACAACAGGAAGAUUCCGACAUUAAGCCGAUUCUGGAAUGGAUGAAGGCUAGUGCUCCUAAGCCCAAGUGGAGCGACGUCUCAGCAAUGAGUUCGACCACGAAAAGCUAUUGGGCCCAAUGGGACAGCUUGCUGAUUCAGGAUGGAGUCCUGUGCCGUAAAUGGGAAAAUGGUCGGGGAGACAGAUGUCGUUUGCAAAUGGUUGUCCCUAAGGCUAAAGUACCGGAUGUUCUACAGCUGUACCAUAGUGGUUGUUCAGGAGGCCACCUGGGAGUUAAAUGA